AUGGGAGACUGCCAGAAGCGUGGAGGUGUCUCGGAUCAACUCCUCAGCCAGCACAAUGAGGCGGUGUCGCUGGUAUCCGACAGGAUCGCCAGCUUCCAUGCCCGCCAAAUCCCCUUUCGUAUCUUCCAUGGCAACACCAACUCGACUCGCCUCAGCGACCGCACACGGGACGCCACGGUCGACAUCUCGACGCUCGAUCAUGUCAUUCGGGUCUCACCGUCGAAGUGUACAUGUCUCGUGGAACCCAGUGUCCCCAUGGAUCGUCUUGUCGCCGCCACCCUGCAGUACGGCUUGGUACCUCCUGUCGUGCCAGAGUUCCCGGGCAUCACGGUCGGAGGUGGCUUUGCCGGCACAGCAGGGGAGAGUAGCAGCUUCAAGUACGGGUUCUUUGACAGGAGCGUGACCUGGUUCGAGGUGGUUCUCGCUGACGGCAAAGUCGUGACGGCCUCAGAGACGGAGCGUGCAGACUUGUUCCACGGCAUGGCCGGAACGUUCGGCACACUGGGGAUCAUCACCCUGUUCGAGAUGCGUUUGAUCCCGGCAAAAGGGUUUGUCGAAUUGUCGUAUAUCCGGGUCGGAGGUAUUGAACACGCAGAAGAAGUGAUCAGGCAGGUAACAAAGCAGGGGGACGCGGAUUUCCUCGACGGGAUCAUGUUCGCCCCUGAGAAGGGCGUGAUCAUGGCGGGCCGACUGGCUGAACGAAGCGAGAAGAACAAGGACUUGCCAGUUCUCACAUUCACCAAGCCCUGGGACCCGUGGUUUUAUCUCCACGCCGAAGAAAGAAUGAAUAGCACCGAAAACACCAGCUCUAUGUCUCCAUCUCCAUGCUCACCGUCUACUCCACGCGACCUCGUCCCCUUGACGGACUACCUCUUCCGCUACGACCGUGGCGCCUUCUGGACCGGUCGCUUUGCAUACACGUACUUCUACGUCCCCUUCACACGUACCGUCCGCUGGUUGGCAGACUACUUCAUGCACACACGCAUCAUGUACCACGCGCUACACCGCUCGGGUCUAUACCAGCGCUUCAUCAUCCAAGACAUGGCCCUCCCGAACAAAAACAUUCCGGAAUUCUCCCACUGGUUGGACCGGGAAUUGCCGCACAUAUAUCCGCGCUGGCUGUGUCCCUUAAAGCAUGGGGCAAGCGUGAGCAUGAAUCCCCACCUCCGCAACCAGCCUUCAUCGGCGGUGGACUUCGAUCCAAGCUCGACCUCAACAACAACAACAACCCCAGACGCGAAUCAGAGGAACAUCGAGGGCGAUGAUGACGAUUUCGACAACACGCUGCUGAACAUCGGCGUCUGGGGAGAAACACCGUCCAACACCCUUCACGUCACGAUCAACCGGCUGAUCGAGGCCAAGCUCAAGUCCCUAGGCGGGAUGAAGUGGCUGUACGCGCAGACGUUCUACACCGCCGACGAAUUCUGGUCCAUCUACGACAAGAGGUGGUACGACGCCCUGAGGAAGAAAUACCACGCCGAGGGAUACAUCCCGAGCGUGUACGACAAGGUCCGGACAAAGGACUUGUUCGAGGUUGACGGCGAGGGGCGGGUGUUGCGCGACGCCCGCAUGCCGGUGGAAAAGGGCGUGUGGAGAAUUUGGCCCAUCGCCGGAGUCUACGGGGUCCUGAGCGCUUUGAAGGGCGGCGAUUACUUGCGGAAGCGAUGA